AUGUGUCAAAUAGCUAGUGGAGUUUAUACCCAAGAAUCUGCUAAUGCUAUAUGUGAUUUGUUAAAUGUAGCUACUCAUGUUGUUGCUAUAGAUGCUUUUGCAAAUGACUUAACUUUAGCUUUCUUAAAAUUCUAUCGAGAUGAGAAUGUUCGAGUUAUUGACAACAAAUAUCAACUACGUAAAAAGGAAAUUGUUAAAUUUCUUUAUAAUUCGAAUAAAGGUUCAGAAGGUAUACGUAGAGGUUUUAAGAUGCUUCAAGAAGAAGCUGGUAUCUUCUUUGAAAUAUCUGGUUAUUUUGAUGCAGUUAUAGGAAUUACUAAUAUCACUACUUCUGUCUAUGUUGAUGUAUUUGCUCAGAUAUUGUUCAGAAUCUGUAACUGCUCAUUAUAUAUAGUUUCACUUUAUCAUAGCAAAAAAUUUGAUAUUUUCAAAGAACUAUGUCAGGAACUCAUUCGAGCUGAACUUUCAGUAUUAAAAUCUGGAGACUUAUUAACAAUAAUAAAAGGCCAUCUUAUUGCUAGUACUGAAGCAAUACUUAAAUUAAUUUUAGUGGAAGAUACUAAAAAAAUUAACAGGAAUAAAAUUUCUUAUAUAAUUAAAAAUACUGAGGAAAAAAUUAAAGAUGCAAAUGCAGAAUCAAUAGCUAAUACUCCAGAUAUUAGUCCCAAUAAAGCUGAAAUUUUUAAGCAAAAUUCUAUAUACUCUUUUGCUAAUAACAUAACUUUACAAUGUCAUUAUUUAUGGAGAAUAUAUGCUUCAGAUGAUAUUGAUUUCAUAAAAAGAUAUAAUAAUCCUGAACCUUUACAGCAUUUUAGGAGGCUGGCAUAUUUCAGAAGACAAGGUUCUAACUCAAUAAAUUCUAUAGAAAAUCUAAAAAUCAAUGAAGAAAUGCAAUGGGAAGAUUCACAUGAAUCUAUGGAUCUAUUCUUAGUUGAUUUGCAUAAAUUUUAUUCAGCAAAGCAUAGAGAUAGUUUUGUAACUCAAAAAGAAAUAAUAGCUAUAAAGAUGAAUAAUUCUAAAUAUUUCCCUAUAGGUUCAAUUCUUCCAUUAUAUAAACCAGAAUUGAUUGAUGAAACUCAGAAUCUUUUCGAUUCUAUACCUAUUACUAAUAAUAUUACUUCAGAAUAUACAAAGCAUGAAGUUUCUGACUUAUUUAAUAAUAAGAUUGACGAAAAAGAUUUAUUCUUAGAAAUGCUAGCUCAAUAUGAUGCAGAACAUAGAAAGAAUUCUUUUCAAGAUAUAUGCCAUGUUGAUAUUAUUACUUUUGAAGCCAAUGCAUAUGAGAAAGAAAUAUUUGAUUCUUUAAUUUCUUUAUCUUCAGAGUUUCUUAUUAAAAGUGAAUUUGAUGUGGAUAUGCUUAUCUUCUAUCUACAACAAAAAUUUCAAAUAUCUCAAGAAAAGUUAGAACAAUAG